UUUGUGUUGGUGUAUGGUUGUGUGUAGAUACAUUAUUUUUUUACGAACGAUGACAGACUCAAUGUAAAACUCGUCUAGCUUAUGCUAAAAUUAGGGUUUUUUCAAUUUGUUCUGUAAUUAGAGGAGCCGAUACACCAUGAAUCGUGUUAUUUUGUGCGGUGUUUUUUUAGCCUGCCUUCGAAGUUUAGAGUGCAUGGAUAACAGCAGACCAGACAAUACUCGCUUAAACUACUUCGACACAGAUCUCCUUAGAUAUACGACUGAAGACCGAAGUGGCAAUGUGGUGGUUUCGCCGGCCAGCAUCAGGUCGACACUUGCCAUGCUCCUUGAAGGAGCCAGUGGCAACACUGAAGCUGAAAUACGAAGCUCCUUACGAUUGUCACCGAAUAAAAAUGAGUUUAGAGAACAGCUGAAUGUUUAUUUAUCAGCGUUACAAUUCAAUACUACUGCAGCCAAACUUCAAAAUGCAAAUGGCGUCUUUGUAUCGAACAAAUUUAAACUGAAGAAAGAGUAUGAGAAGGUCAUAGAAAAAGUAUACCUUACAAAAGUCGUCAGUUUGAAUUUUCUGGAUCCGGUAGGCUCUGCUGCCACCGUUAACGAUUGGGUCGGCAACCAGACCAGGGGGCUAAUACGAUCCCUAAUAGAACCUGCCCACAUCCCCCCAUCAUCCGAUGUUCUCCUCAUCAAUUCUCUGUACUUCAAAAGCGCCUGGCAGCACGCCUUCGACCGCAGCCUAACAAGGUCUGCCUGCUUUCGCGUCCAGGGUUCCUGCAAGAAACAAGUCUCUAUGAUGGAGAUCAGUACUGAGCUCAACUACGCGUUCGUUGACAACCUGAGAGCUCAUGCUGUUGAAUUGCCUUAUGAGGGUGGCCGUUAUUCUAUGGUGUUAUUGGUCCCGCAAGACCACGACGGCUUGGCAGGUCUGAUAAGGGACUUGCCUUACAUGAGCCUACCGCAGGUCUGCAAGAUGAUGGAACCGUCUCACGUGCAGCUUUCACUGCCGAGGUUCACCGUGGACUAUAGCGAGGAUAUGGUCGGACCACUUAGGAGUAUGCGAAUCACAACGCUCUUCUCGUCAAAAUCCAACCUGUCUGGAAUCAUCGAGGGUGGCCCCGCGCAAAUCAACCACCUUUACCACAGGGUGUACAUAUCCGUUGACGAGGAUGGAACAGUGGCCGCUGCAGCCUCCGCCGCCCUUGUCGUGCCUUUAAUACAGGGGAGUGUACAACUUGUUGUGGACAAACCCUUUGUCUUCUUCAUAAAGGACAAUCAUUUCGGUUUGGUUCUUUUUGAAGGAAAAAUUGAAGAGCCACAUGAAUAUGUGGCACCAGAAAAGAAUUCAGAGAACAAUGUUGUUAAAAGCAGUCGUAAUAGUUACGGGAUCCGCUUCUAAAGUAAUAUUAUAUUUUAAGACUAACGUAUACAACAAUAUUUUCUAGUUUU